CCUUCGCGAACGUAUUAUCCCUUUUUUGUCUUUCGUUCUCUACCCCUCCCGCGAAAUCGCACAAUUUGAUCGGCGAUUUCCGCGCUUUGCUUCUUCCAUCUGAGAACUAGGGUUUAGGGUUCACGGUUGGGGUACAGAGGAUGGCGGGGAAGGAGAGGGACAGGGACGCGGAGGAGGUGUUCAUGGAGGGCGGGAGCGACCGGGACAUAGAGGAGGACAAGUACGAGGGCGGAGGAGGGAGCGAUGGGGAGGAGGAGGAGGAGGAGGAGAAGGAGCCCUCGUCUCAGUUCCAAUCUCGCCAAUGGCCCCAGAGCUAUAGAGAAACAAUUGAUUCUUAUUCAAUCACAGCAUCUCCAAGCUUUGGGUAUCUCAGACGUUCUCCUAGUAUUAGAUACUCGAGCUUUGAUCUUCGGUCUUAUAGCGGACUAGGCUCUGAUGCUAAGCUGCCUUCUUUCUCUGAUCACCUAUUGGAGAAGCAAGAAUCAGAUAAGAACUUGAAGAAAGCUCUCAACUCUGUGGUGGAUGAGUCAAUCUCCUUCCAUGUACAAUAUACCGGAGAAGGAUACAUCGGCCAUGGGUGCAGUGUUACACAGACCGUCUUUAAUGGGGUCAAUGUAUUGGCUGGCGUCGGCAUUCUUUCCAUUCCAUUUACAAUUAAGGAGGCUGGUUGGUCUGGUUUGGCUCUCCUAGCUCUUUUCGCAGGUGUUUGCUGUUAUACUGGGAUUCUCUUGAAGUACUGUUUCGAGAGCAAGGAUGGCAUUUCAAGCUAUCCUGAUAUUGGAGAAGCUGCAUUUGGGAGUUUUGGACGGCUAUUUAUCUCUGUUAUAUUGUACACAGAACUUUAUUCAUACUGUGUGGAGUUUAUUAUUUUGGAAGGAGAUAAUCUUACGAGGCUCUUUCCGGGGACUUCAUUUAAUUGGGCUGGGAUUCAUCUUGAUUCCCUUCACUUCUUUGGAAUAUUGACUGCGCUGAUUGUUUUACCAACUGUAUGGCUCCGAGAUCUUAGAGUCAUUUCUUAUCUUUCAGCUGGUGGUGUGAUCACCACUCUAUUGGUUUUCCUUUCUGUUUUUUUCGUUGGGACUGUGGAUGGAGUAGGGUUUCAUCAGACUGGAAAAGCAGUUGAUUGGAGUGGUUUUCCUUUUGCUAUCGGUGUAUAUGGCUUUUGCUACUCUGGGCAUUCAGUUUUUCCAAAUAUUUACCAAUCGAUGUCAGAUCGUACAAAAUUCAAGAAGGCAUUAUUCAUAUGUUUUGCUCUAUGCACAGCAAUAUAUGGCUCUUUUGCAACUAUUGGAUUUCUCAUGUUUGGCGAAGAUACUCUUUCUCAAAUAACAUUGAAUUUGCCAAAGAAUUCCGUUGCUUCAAAAGUUGCAAUAUGGACAACGGUGAUCAAUCCUUUCACCAAAUAUGCUUUGUUGCUGAAUCCAUUGGCCAGAAGUUUAGAGGAGCUUCUUCCGGUGAGAUUGUCCAAUGAAAUAUGGUGCACUCUCUUGCUGAGAACUGCUCUCGUCGUAUCAACUGUGUGCAUUGCUUUUCUUCUACCCUUUUUCGGUUUGUUGAUGGCUUUGAUUGGCUCUCUCUUAAGUAUACUUGUGGCCAUCAUAAUGCCGGCUCUCUGCUUUUUGAAGAUAGCGAGAUCCAAAGCAACAUCUUUGCAGAUCACCUUGAGCAUCAUAAUUGCUGCACUGGGCAUCGUCAGCGGGGCCAUGGGAACCUACUCUUCAAUAUCCCGUAUCAUAAGCAAUUAUUGAAAUGCUAGCUCUCUGAAACUGCGAGUUUGGAAUAAGGUCCGCAUUCCUUCAUAAUUAUCUUGAAUUGUUUGUAGACAAUUCUUACUUUUUAUUUAACCAUUUCGUAUGGAAAUGUUUAACUGAAUAAGUUGUAAGCAAUGCUUGGCUUAGAUAAAAUAAUGGCAUCUGCAUGCAUCCAUUGGCCUUUCA